AUGAUGCUAUCACUUAAACAGCUAUGCGCAGUUCUUGCCUCUGCAGGGACCUUGGUGCUGGCACAGAGAGACAACCUCGGCCUCAACAAUGGCUACAUCGACCUCAAGACAGAGUACUUCAAAGCCCGCAUUGUUCGCGACGCUCAAGUUCUCGUAUCCUUGACCUCGGCAGACGGCACUUUUGACUUUCUGCCAUUUGAUCGAAUUGAUGUUCGCGCCCAGAAUGGGCAGUAUCACUGGGGCGAUAUCACAUACCGAUAUCGAAAACAGGGCGGUUCGGCGUGGACGAGUGGUGAUACUGCUCAAAAGCGUGGGCCAGUGAAGAAGGUCAGUACAAGCAAGGCUCUUGCAGCUUCAGAGCUUGGCCCGACCCUCCCAGACAGCCCUCUCAGCAUCACUCGCGAAUGGCUUGACGUCGACGGCGAUCUGGGUCUUCGCUUCACUAUUUCCAAUAGCGGAGACGACACCAUCGAACUUGGAAGCCUUGGAUUCCCGGCCGAGUUCAACAGUAUCUUCACCAACAGAACAGCCGAGGAGAUGCAAGCCCAUUGCUCUCUCUCAGACCCCUACAUCGGUCAAGACGCUGGUCAAAUCCGUAUCGCACCAGUCAAAGGCACUGGCAAUGGUCUCGUCGUCACGCCUCUGGAUGGAACCAAGACACCACUUGAGGCUUACCGGGAUCUGAAGGAGCCGUGGUUCGAGUCAACUGGCUAUGCAAGUCAGACGUUUGAAGGGUUCUAUGAGUGGCAAGUCCUCACCAAGGCAUGGGCAGAAAAUGAAUGGAAGAGUCAAGAACCUUGGAACGAACCAACUUCGAAGAUCUUAAAGCCUGGCGAGUCGCUGAAAGUUGGCGUCCGGUUCUCUUUAUCCAAGUCUGUUCGCGACUUUGACAAGGUCAUUCGUGAGACUGGAAACCCCGUUGCAGUUGGAGUUCCUGGAUACAUCAUCCCACGAGAUCUAGCUGCCCAACUCUUUCUUCAGAGUGAUAGUGGUGUCGCUUCAAUAAUCGUCUCACCCAAGGGUGCGCUUGGAGUUAAGAUGGAUAGCGAGAAGAAGUACACCCUCACCCCCUCAUCCUCCACUUGGGGACGAGUUCGCGUCACCAUUACUUACGACGAUGGCAAGGUGCAGACUGUCCACUAUUACGUUACAAAGGCAACAACAGAGACUCUCAGUGACCUUGGUGGUUUCCUAACCACCAAAGCUUGGUUCAACGACUCAUCAGAUCCUUUUAAGAGAUCUCCGUCGGUCAUGACCUACGACUACGAGAAGGGCGCCAUCGUUGAACAAGAUCCUCGAGUCUGGAUUGCAGGUCUCAGUGACGAAGGUGGUACUGGUGCUUAUGUCGCGGCCAUGCUCAAGCAAGUGGUUCAACCAAAUGCUGAGGAGAUUUCCAAGCUGGACGAGUUUAUUCAGACGACGAUUUGGGGUCGACUUCAAGGGCAAGACUACGGAGUACGCAAGUCCCUCUUCUACUACGACCCCAAAGUAGACUACCCGUAUAGCAAAGAUAUUGACUGGACCUCCUGGACAUCAUGGAACAAGGAAGCCUCGGAGAGUCUUGACCGUGCGUAUAAUUACGUUCACGUCGUUGUGGCUUACUGGUCUAUGUAUCGUGUCGCACGAGCAUAUCCAGAGCUGACAUCCAAACCUUGGACUUGGUACUUGAACCAGGCUCAAAAAACCAUUAUUCGCAUGACCCAGAAGGAUGUGUCAUACAGAGACGUUGGCCUGAUGGGCGAGACGGUUUUCGGGGAGGUACUGACGGAUUUGGAACGAGAGGGAAAUAAUACCGCAGCAGAUGCUGUCGAGAGCGCGAUGAAGGAGCGUGCUGGGCUUUGGCACUCGCAGGACAUUCCUUAUGGAAGUGAGAUGGCAUGGGAUUCAACGGGCCAGGAAGGCGUAUACUACUGGACCAGGUACUUUGGCUUCGAUGAUUCAGUCCAGAAGACUAUCAACAGCGUUCUAGGAUACAUGCCCAAUGUGCCUCACUGGGGAUGGAACGGCAAUGCUCGUCGAUACUGGGACUUUAUCUACGGAGGAAAGCUUCAGAGGAUCGAGCGACAGAUCCACCACUAUGGAUCUGGCUUGAACUCUCAAGUUCUGCUGUCGGCUUUUCGUGAUAACCCAUCCGACUCUUACCUCCUUCAUGUCGGGUACGCUGGCUCGUUUGCACCUCUGACCAACAUCAAUGAAGAUGGUUUUCCCAGCGCGGCCUUUCAUUCACGACCGGAUACUCUCAAGUGGGAUGGUAUCACUGGCGAUUACGGCGGUGGCUUCAUUGGUACGGUAUUGAACUCGGGCACUUACGUCGCUGAUGACAAAGGCCUUGGCAUGGUAGCUUUUGGAGGCUCCAUCUCAAAGAAAGGAGAUCAUUACACUGUUCAACCAAAAGAUGCUGUACGAAAGAGAGUCUUCAUUGGACCUUUGAAGGUUAUGGUUACUGUUGACGCUGGAUCCAUUAGCGAGUUCACCUUCGACACAACUCUGAAAACAGUCUCAGUAACGCUGUCACAGACAGAGAACUCUCCUAGGGCAGCCAAAGCCGCGGUAUGGAUUGAAUCAACGGGUGCUGGAGAGUGGCAACUCAACGGGAAGGAUGUUGAGAAGGGGCGAGGAGGAUGGAUUGUACCUCUCCCUAGCUCCGGUUCUGUCAGUUUGUCGGUGAGCCAGCUGUAG